AUGGAAGCUUUAAAGCAAAUUCCAAAUUAUGUGAGGUUCCUAAAAGAGAUACUCCUAAAGAAGAAAAAGCAGGGAGAAUACGAAACGGUGGCAAUGACCAAAGCUUGCAGCCCUAUCCUCACAAGCAAGAUUCCAGCAAAGAUGAAGGACCCUGAGACCUUUACCAUACUGCUAGGAAUAGGAGAAGCAAGACCCAUCACAGUCACCUUGCAGCUUGCUGAUCGAUCCAGCACACAUCCAGAGGGAAAAAUUGAUGAUGUCCUGGAGGUCUCUAUCAUCCUUGGAAGACCGUUCAUUGCGACAGGGAGAGCAUUGGUGGAUGUCCACAAAAGGGAGCUGACAAUGCGAGUUCAAGAUCAGGAAGUGAAAUUCUCAGUGUAUGACUCAAUAAAGUUCUCUAUUGAAUCAGAAGAAUGCAAAGUGCUUAAGAUUCUAGAUGAAGCAUUAAUGGAAAAGUUGGAAGAAGAAGCAAUCCUAUAG